AUGAAGACUCAACGGGCGGCGACAAAAGCCGUCACGGUCAAGAAGCGCGGCAACAACAAACACAAAAACGCCGCGUACAAGGUGGAUAAGUUUGAGGUCCCCGAGAACCCAACUCUCGAUGACAUCAAGCACGCCGUCGGUCUUCAGGAACUGGAAGAACGCGUUAGGGAUGCCAAAGAAUCUGCAUGGGAAACCGACUCUCUGUUGGAGGAUGCCAUCGCUGAGAUGAGCGACGCAAAACUCUCUUCGGAUGAUCCUAACAGCUGCACGCCUGACGAGGCUAUGGGCCUGCGCCACCAAUUAAGAGCGCUUGGUCCCGCAGAAUUCUGUAGAAGAACCGUCGAUGCCGGGCGCUAUACGGCCAAGAAGCUACUGUCAGCCUUUGGCCUCAAGCCUCCUGCCUUCCUUGAAGGUGCCGAAGAUGAGGCCUACUUCAGCCUCUUGUCGCUGGCCAUCAGCCGAGAGUUGUCUAAACGCGCCAAGUUGUUCCGCUUCAACACGGUGGACGAUGCCGUGGACCUGCUGCAGCAUAGCAAGAACAUCAUCGUCCUCACCGGUGCCGGCAUCUCUACCUCGCUCGGCAUCCCCGAUUUCCGCUCAAAGGGCGGUCUCUACUCUCAACUAGAGCACCUGGGCCUCAACGACCCGCAAGAGGUGUUUGAUAUUUCCGUCUUUAAGCAAGACCCGACCAUCUUCUAUACCGUUGCCAAGGACAUUCUACCGUCGACUAACCGCUUUACACCGACUCAUGCCUUCAUCUCCAUGCUUGAGAAGAAGGGCAAGCUGCUUACCAACUACACUCAGAACAUUGACAACCUUGAGGCCAAGGCAGGCAUCUCUCAGGAUAAGCUCAUCCAGUGCCACGGUUCCUUUGCAACCGCAACCUGCGUCCAGUGCCGCUUCAAGUGCGACGGCGAAGAGAUCUUCGACGACGUCAAAGCUGGCAAGAUCCCGCGUUGCCCACGCUGCAUCCAGAACCUUCGCCCCAACGGCAGCAGCAAGCGCAAGCGCUCAACGGGCACCGAGAGAAAGCGCCGCAGGUUCAGCUCCGACGACUCGACGUCAGACGGCGAGUACGACAUCCCCAGCGUGGGCGUCAUGAAGCCCGACAUCACCUUCUUCGGCGAGGCGCUGCCCGAUGAGUUCAGCAGGCGUCUGACGGAGCACGAUCGCGACAAGGCGGACCUCGUCAUCGUCAUCGGCACGAGUCUGAAGGUGACGCCGGUAUCUGAAAUAGUAAGCUGGCUGCCGGCCAACAUCCCCCAGAUCUACAUCUCGCGCCAGGCCGUCAACCACAUCAACUUUGACAUUGACCUGCUGGGCGACUGCGACGUCGUUGUCUCGGAGCUGUGCCGCCGCGCCGGCUGGCCGCUGGAGCACGAAAUGGUGCCCCAGGACCAGGUCGUCAAGGUGAACCCGGACGGCGGGUGCGUGAGUAGACACGUCUUUGAGGUCGUCAACCCUAAGCAGCCGCCGCCGCCGCCUAUGCAGCAAAUCGCCAAGCCUGAGACUGAGUCCGAGACGGCGAAACCGACCAAGGGACCGAGAAAGCCUAGAAAGUCGAGAGACUCGGUCUGA